ACCAAGCGCUGACCUUGAUCCUCGAGGGCCCAUUGAACAACCCUUGGUAGAUAUGCGUGCCUUCUCUUGCAGCCGCCAGCUGCUGCUGUUCAAUUGCUGCUCUCAGCUGGGGAAACUUUCGCAGGAACUCGGGGGGAAAGCCCACAAGGGGUGGGUCGAUGAAUCCAUGUCCAAGGAGUCCAAGAGCACCUGGAAUCCCGUCAGGCCUUGAUGCGUCGACAGAUCAGCUGCCUGUAGAAUUCAACAGAUCUCUUAGCAACGUGAAGUUCUUUGACACGC